GGACACGUUGUCGUAUUGAACCUUACAAAUGGAUAAGGAAUUCAACAACCGGCAGGCACACAGAAGCGUUCCUCGAUAGCACAAAUUCUUUUUGUCUUCCACAGUUCCAAAAUUCUUCCAAAACCCAUAACUCUCUCUCGUCGCUAUCUCUCUCUGUGAACAGAUAUGUUGGUGGUACUCUCUGUGGCGCCGUCUAUUCUAUUUCUAGGCCGGAAAAUAGAUACUGAUUUCGCUUGACAUGGAGACACGGAGGCUCGCGAUUCUCUGCUCCCAUCUCUGUCCCAUCGCCUCGGGUUCGCGCCAGACACAAGCAUCGAUCUCGAUUCGCUGUUCUGCUUCGGACGAUCAACCUAGUUCUCGUGAUGCUACGAAUGGGAAUCAACCGCGGAAUUGCGUUUUCUGCAAAAUUGUUCGCGGUGAUUCCCCAGCUCAUAAGCUUUAUGAAGACGAUAUGUGCUUGUGUAUAUUGGAUACAAAACCGCUGAUUCAUGGGCACUCUCUUGUUAUACCUAAGUCUCAUUUUUGUUCAUUGGAAGCAACUCCUCCAUCUAUGCCAUUAGUUUAUAUUGCGCAGGUGGUGGCAGCAAUGUGUUCAAAAGUGCCAUUUAUAGGCAAUGCAAUAAUGAAAGCUACUGGUUGUGAUUCAUUCAAUUUGGUGGUCAAUAAUGGUGAAGCUGCUGGCCAAGUUAUAUUUCAUACGCACAUGCACAUUAUCCCUCGCAAGAACUGUGACGGCUUAUGGAGUACCGAGUUCCACAGAGUUUGAGGCGGUGCCCCCUGAACUUUGACCAGAAAUCUGCUCAAUUUGUUGAUCAUGUGCGAGAGCAGUUAUCAGACAUUUUUGAAGAUCGCAAGGGGCAAGAAUCAAAUCCCUCUUGAAUAGGGUGUGAGCAGUAAGCUAUUAUGGUAAUGUGCUCAUUCUAUGAGACUGUAUCAUAUUACGUAUAAUUGUACAUUCUGUUGAGCAAGGACUUGAAUGGUCAAUCUCGUCUAUAAUGUCACCCUUCUUGAGAAGUUGCUUGUUCUCAAUAUCUAAGCGAAGACUGAAGUCUACAAUUAUCUGAGAGUGUUGGGUGGAUUAGUUUAGCAUUUUGUGCAACUGUGGAGGGUUUGGAAAAAAUAUCUGAAAUCUGAAAUCCCUCCUUUCAAUACCAUGACGGCGCCUUGCCCGUCGUUGGUGAAGCUUCUAUCAAAUUCCCAUUGCUGUUACUUAUCCUAUGUCCAUGCUUUGCAACAUCAGCUAAUUUUGUU